CUAAUAGCCACUCCGAAACCUUCUGUCAACGUGUGAAAAAAGACCCAAUUCAGUCGCGCCUCUCAGAGAGCAGCAAUGGAGGAGAAGCCCGUUAACUUCAAAACCCUAAUCUCGAGAGAAUACCAAGGCCACAAAAAGAAGGUUCACUCUGUAGCGUGGAACUGCACUGGAACAAAGCUCGCAUCGGGCUCCGUUGAUCACACCGCCAGAGUUUGGAACAUCGAUCCCAGUGGCCAUGGGAAAGUGAAAGAUGUUGAACUGAAAGGGCACACGGAUAGUGUGGAUCAGUUGUGUUGGGAUCCUAAGCACAAUGACUUGGUCGCAACUGCGGCAGGAGACAAGACGGUCCGUCUAUGGGAUGCUCGUAGUGGAAAAUGCUCUCAACAGGUUGAACUCAGUGGAGAAAAUAUCAACAUCACUUUCAAACCUGAUGGUACUCAUCUAGCUGUUGGAAACAAGGAGGAUGAACUUACAAUUAUAGAUGUUCGAAAGUUUAAACCAUUGCAUAGGCGAAAGUUUAAUUAUGAGGUUAAUGAGAUCGCAUGGAAUACGUCUGGAGAUCUAUUCUUUCUUACAACUGGGAAUGGGACUGUUGAGGUACUGGCUUAUCCAUCUCUUCGUGUACUUCACACCUUGAUGGCUCAUACAGCAGGCUGCUAUUGCAUUGCAAUUGAUCCCAUGGGAAGAUACUUUGCUGUGGGAAGUGCUGAUUCUUUGGUCAGCCUUUGGGAUAUUUCCGAGAUGCUGUGUGUCAGAACAUUCACAAAACUUGAAUGGCCGGUGAGAACAAUAAGUUUCAACCACACAGGAGAGUAUAUUGCUUCAGCUAGCGAGGAUCCCUUCAUCGACAUUUCCAAUGUCCAGAAUGGUCGAUCUGUGCAUCAGAUUCCGUGCAAGGCUGCGAUGAACAGUGUGGAGUGGAACCCCAAGUAUAAUUUACUGGCCUAUGCCGGAGAUGACAAAAACAAAUAUCAGGCUGAUGAAGGUGUGUUUCGUAUUUUCGGGUUCGAGAGCAGCUGAGGUUUCACGUUUAUUGUGAGGCCUGUUUUCUGGUUCAGAAGUUCAGCGUCAUAUCCCUUGUGUUAUUUCAGUCUUCAAAUGUUCAACCGUCACCUCUUCAAAUUGAAUAUCAAAUCCUUUACUCAUUAACUGAGGUUAUAUUAUGUUACUAUGUGCAUACUUGACGGCUAAGCUAUGCACAAUAUGUAUUGCAAUUGAAGAGGAAGAUCUCCACAUAUUAGUGCUUGGAGUUGUAACAAAAACUGGUGGUUUUUUGAAUGAAAAUUCUAGCAUGUUAGGGGGUGUUUGGUUACA